CGCAGAGACCUGUUUUGAAGUCGCUGUUCCUUUAGUAAACUUUCAUGAAGGCACUAUCCAUAGUUAAUGUUUUUAGACUAAGCACCGUGUAACACUUGCCCUGUUGGAAGACUAUCUUUCAUUGACAUUGAUGUGUUUCUUCGGAGACUAUUAAUUAAUUACAUAUAAGUAUUGUUUAUAUUUUGUAGAUCUACUUUAAACAUUAAAAGAGCAAUACUCAAGCCAGUUCAAAAUGGACAGUAACAAAAAGGAUUAAUGUUAACAGUAAAGUUUAUAAUGAGUGAUGAAAAUAUGCGGAUAUAUUGAGCGGAUAGAACUGUCUACAAACAACAGCAAAAGAAGGAUCAAAGUAAUUCAUAGAAUUCUUUAAGAAAUUGUCUGAGGUCAAUCCGUUAGGGUUAUUUUUCCUACCGCUUCCUGAAUUAACUUGUGACCACCCAGUUGUUGUAUCCAAAGGAACGGCAAGUGAAGAAACAAUAUGGGUUAGCGGCGUAACAAGCUCUGCCAGAGUAUAACACUGUGAGCUGCGAACUGCCUAAGUGUCGCCCGGCUCCUGAUAUUUUCCACGGAGUUGACUCAUGAAGCUUUCUCCAUAUUUAGGUAUAAAGCAGCGGAUGUAUUAAUUCCUCAAGGUUUUCCUGCUGGUAGUGUUAAUGGAUAAAAAGCGUCUGAAAUAGCUUAUGACAACCAAUCCAACUCCUGGCCUUCACCUGUGCCUCAGAUAUAAAAUCUGGCGAAAUUGUUUUGACUUAAAGGAGAAGGAGCAAAGGCGAGUAACAGGCGUCUAAACAAGCAGGCUUCGGGCACGAGGGACUCCGUAGCCAUGGCUGGCUAGUACUGGCUACCAAUCUAGAAAUGUCAUCGUCUCUGAUGGAACCGUUAGCCGCCAAGCGGUUGAAGCUUGCAAUGGACAAUAUUCACAAUUCUGAAAUCCCAAAUCAGGAUAUAAAACAACCGGACUGGAGCCUACUGCCAUUCACAGUGUUAAGGCACAUCUACUCUUUUUCAUCCAACAAGGACCGCUACAACAUGUCCUUGACAUGUAAAACCUGGCUGGAGCCCUUUGUGGCACCCGAAAUAUGGAGAUCUCUAACGUUUCGGUUUGACAGAAAUCAAGAUUUAUAUGUCACGAGAUUUCUUAAAAGGAUCCUACCCGUUAGUUUGCGUCACUUAAACAUAGACUUCAAAGAAGCUGAUAAAGGCAUUAUUGUAAGUGAAAUAGACUCCCUUGAGUGUGUCAAACUGGUGAUACGACACAGGAUAAUUCAUCAAGUUAAAAAUCUGGUCAGCCUGCGACUGGCCAACAUUGGGAGAUUUACAAAGAACUGGCCAGAGGACAGAAAAAGGAAGGAUCUUGUCAUGUUAGUGAAAUGUUUCAUUGAGAUGCAAACUGACUUGCAGGUUUUCAAUCUGUCUUGUGCAGGUCUAGAUCUUGAGACAGGAAGGAAGAUGAUGCUUAAACUUGGCUUAAACUGUGGGUCCAAUGUUCAUAAACUGGUUAUAGAUGAUUUUAUUUCAAAUGACUAUGAAGGCAAUGAAGAUUUCGUCGAUAUGAUGGACAAGUCACUGUUAGAACCUCUCAGAUAUUUCACAAAAUUAACCUCAUUGACAGUAAGUUUUAAUAAUCUUUGUGGCAAUGUUCUUGGUGUUCUAACUACUUCCGGUUGUCUAAAUUGCAUGAGAAUCUUUGUCGUCAAUGUCGCUGACCCGAUACGUAUAUCAUCACGGAGAUGGAGGAAUCUCCAGACUGCUUGCCCCCAGUUGCAGAUAUACUUUACAUUUGUCAACUCAACAACCUCCCAGAACUUUGUGAAAAUCCUAAAGCCUGGUAUACCUCUGACUGGAAUCAAGUGGAAUGUAGAGAAAGGGUUUCAGGAGGAGAACUGGGUUGAACGAACAAUCACAGAAUGUUUAAGUCACGUUGCCACAAAGUUCAAAGACUCUCUCCGGCAUGUUCGUGUCAGCCUGCAGGUGGCAGAUGAGAGUGAAGCGAUUAUCUUCAAUGACAUCAUGAAAAAAUGUUUGCAGCUGGAAACUCUAUCCAUCAAUGUGCCAGAUAAUCGUGUAGCUAAAUUCAAGCAGAUAUUGACACGUCAUCUAAGCUUCAACUACUACCGACUAGGAAAAAACUCGCUCCGCACAUUGAUCUUCAACAGACAACCUGAAGUUCUGGUGGAACUCAGCAGCUACAGUAACAUGAACAGUUACGUCCCUUUGUUAGACACCACCUAUGCUCAAUGAGAGUUUUGCGAGUGGUGUGUGUGUGAAUUUACGGAGGUUAGAUUCAUAGAUGUCUCGUAUCGCUUUAUAGACAACUCCUACAAAGAUAACAAAUUAUCAAGUCAUGAAAUUACUAAUUAUGUAAAUCCUUAUGAGCAAAACUCAAAUAAAAUUAUCUAUCGCAAUUUUUUUUUUUUAGAAUUUGUAUUUUAUAGUACUCAUAAUACUUUAGUGGCUUUUAUGUAUUGAGGAACAAUUUACACAAUGUUAAAAAAUUUGUUUAAAUAAAUAUUUAAAGCAACCUGCGUAGGAAAAUUGCAAUAUUGUAAUGGUCAGUGUUUGUCUCAUGUUUCAAAAUGAAAGAUGUGUGUCUGUGCGUGUCGCCUUGUGUGAGACGUCUGACCAGCAAGAAACUUUAACGAGAUUGUAUCAUUCAAAGUUUCUUUUUGUCUAAAUAUUUGUCUCAAUACGUCCAACGACUAAUUUCUAUUUGACUGGCCUAUAUAAUUUGUUCUUAGCUACAGCCUCAACGACCUUGUUCCAUUAUUUACUUGUGUUCACUGUAGCGGAAGGAAUAUAAACUCUAUUCCAUAUCGCAUACAACAGAAUUUAUGUUUUUAAUUAAAUAUUGCUCUACACAAGUUCUUUUUUGUUUGCUAUCAGCAUAUUUGCAAUAUAACGCACUGUGUUUCUUCAUACUUCUAUUAUCAAUAACUAAUCGUAUGAUUAUACAGUGAAAUCAAAUGUAUCACAUUUAUAG